CCAGCCUCCGGCCUGCCGGCCGCUGCAGACCUGCAACAGAAGCGCCGCCGCCGCAAACGCUGAAGCCUCCUGCCGGCUGCCGCUGCGGCGCUGCCGAGUGCCGAAGUGCCGCAUCAAGUCGAGACUCGAGAGUCAUCAGUUACCUGCUUAGCCAACAUGAAGAGGAAAAAGACCAUUGAUAGUUUUUUUAAGCCGAUUGUUUCCAGCUCUCGUGUCCCUGAAAAUCCUAAUGCAACAAAUGAUCAAGCUACGCCAAUUGAUGUGCAAGUUCCAGAGCAAAAUGCUACGCCACCAUCAGAAGCUCAACAAGCUAGAAAUGUAACCACAGCAUUUGAGAGAGACCCUGGUAAACGCACUCAAAUUUGGCAGCUCUCGCCUACAGAACAAGAUGAAGCUAUAAGGUUUUAUAUAUCUGAAGGGCCAUAUCAACCGAAGUUUGAACCGGAUGAAUAUCCCUAUAAUGAUGCAAUUCACCGUCGUCGAUUCUGUAGAAAUUGGUAUGCAGAUUUCUGGUGGCUAGAGUAUUCACCUCACACCAAACGUGCAUAUUGCUUCCCUUGUUUUCUCUUUUCAAAAAAGCCAAUUGGGAAGGCUGGCUCAGAUGCAUUCACUGUGAAGGGAUUUCAAAAUUGGAAGAAGGUCCACAGUUCAGAUAAGUGUGCAUUUCUAACUCACAUGGGUCAGGAUCCUAGCUCAGCUCAUAACUAUUCAGUUCAGUGUUACAACAACCUCAAAAAUAGAAUUGCUCACAUUGACCAAGUGGUUCUUAAACAAAAGGAGAAGAGAGUAGCAGAUGCCAGACUUAGACUUAAAACCACAAUUGAUUCCAUUCGGUGGUUAACAUUUCAAGCAUGUCCAUUUAGAGGCCAUGAUGAGUCUCCAGAUUCCAUAAAUCAAGGCAAUUUUUUGGAAAUGGUCAAACUUUUGGCCUCUUAUAACAAGGAGGUGAAUGAUGUUGUGUUACAAAAUGCUCCAAAAAAUGCAAAGUACACAUCACCUGAUGUCCAGAAGGAAAUUCUAAACAUAUAUGCUCGGAAAGUGCAGAUUUCAAUCAGAGAAGAAAUUGGCAAUAGCAAGUUUUGCAUAAUGGUCGAUGAAUCUCGAGAUGAAUCAAAAAAAGAGCAAAUGGCAAUCGUUGUUCGGUUUGUCAACAAAGAAGGUAUCAUAAAGGAGCGUUUCCUUGACCUCAUUCACGUUAAGGACACUGCCGCAUUGACUCUUAAGGACUCAAUUUGUGCUGUCCUAUCAGAUAAUAACUUGAGUGUGAGAGAUAUUAGAGGUCAAGGCUAUGAUGGGGCAAGUAAUAUGCGAGGAGAGUGGAAUGGGUUGAAGGCUUUAAUUCUCAGUGAGUGUCCUUAUGCAUAUUACAUCCAUUGCAUGGCUCAUCAGCUCCAAUUAGCUUUAGUUGCAGCAUCAAGGGAGGCACAUGAGGUGCACAAUUUUUUUCAGCAUGCCAUUUCCAUCAUUAAUGUCGUUAGUGCUUCUUCUAAGCGUAAUGAUGAGUUAUUAGCAAAGCAAGCUGAACAAAUUGCACAUGAAAUUGAAUUGGGAGAGCUUGAUACAGGAAGGGGUGCUAAUCAGAUGGGCUCUUUACAGAGGCCAGGGGACACUAGAUGGAGUUCUCAUUACAAGUCGAUUCAGAGUUUGAAAAAGAUGUUUGGUGCCACAAUUUCAGUGCUGCGCAACAUUGCAAAUGAUCGUUCCAUUAAAAGGUUUUCUCGGGGUGAUGCUGCAGGUGCCCUUCACAUUAUUCUCACAUUUGAUUUUGUCUUUGUUCUACUGUUGAUGGAGAAAAUAAUGAAAAUCACAGAGGUGUUAUGCCAAACACUACAAAAGAAAUCUAUAGAUAUCUUAAAUGCAAUGGAUUCAGUUUCUAACACAAAGGUGUUACUUCGUGACCUGCGCAAUGAUGGUUGGGAACCUCUUCUGAAUGAGGUCAUGGACUUUUGUGGGAAGCAUGAGGUUGAAAUCCCAGAUCUAAAUCGCAGAUAUGCUGAUGUGACAAAAUCUCGGAACAAGCAUGACAACACUACAACUCUUCACCAUUAUAAAAUAGAUGUGUUUAAUGUGGCAAUUGAUCAACAACUAAUUGAAUUGGAGGACAGAUUUAGCUCUCAAGCUACAGAACUUCUAUCACUUUGUGCCUCUUUGGAUCCAAGACUGGACAGCUUUGAUAGGUCAAAGAUAUCUACCCUAGUAGAAAAAUAUUAUCCGGCUGAUUUUUCUAAUCAAGAAAGAGCCCAAUUAGAAUGCCAACUGCCGCAUUUUCAACUUGAUGUGUGCAACAAUCCAGAGCUAAGUAGUCUCCCAUCACUUGCUGAUCUGACAAAUGGGCUUGUUAAAUUGGGCAAAAAUUCUCAUUAUCCAAUGGUUGAUAGAUUGUUAAGAUUAGUCAUGACUCUUCCGGUGUCAACUGCAACCACGGAGAGAGCAUUCUCAGCUAUGAAACUUGCCAAGACUCGUCCACGCAACAAAAUGGGAGAUGAUUUUCUACGUAGUUACAUGAUAAUUUAUAUUGAAAAGGAAUUGGCAGCAAAGAUUACUUCUGAAGAUAUCAUCAAUUCUUAUGAUCUAGUUGGUUCUCGUAGAGGUAAAUUAAAGUUAAUAGAGAUGUAAAUUCAAGGACGCUACCUUCUACCUUAUCCUGCUGCCCUGCAUUGGAUGAUUGGAGCUAAUUAUUAAUAGUAAGUAAAUUUAUUCUUAUAUAUUACAUACAUGUUUGAUUUUUGUUA